AUGCCAGCUGAAGUUGUCUUAGGGAGUUUUCCCUGUAGUGCUGGGCCACAAGCUGGCGCCAGCAAAGUGGAGAGCGUGGCAAAGGGAGUCACCAAGUUUCAACCAGGGGACACGGUCAUACCCUUGUACAUCCCGCAGUUUGGAGAGUGCAAAUUCUGUACGAAUCCCAAGACCAACUUGUGUCAAAAGAUCAGGCUCACUCAGGGCAGAGGCUUGAUGCCAGAUGGGUCAACUCCUUUUUCCUGCAAAGGAAAGAGCCUUUUCCAUUUCAAGGACUGCAUCACAUUCUCUAAGUACACUGUGGUGGCUGAGAUCUCCUUGGCCAAAGUGGACCCCAGGGCCCAUUCUGGACAAGGUUUGUCUGCUGGGCUGCGGCAUCACCACUGGUCAUGGAGCUGCUCUAAACACUGCCAAGGAUACAAGAGUGUUGACAGUGUUCCCAAACUGGUGGAGGAGUACAUGAACAUGAAGCUCAAAGUAGAUGAAUUUGUGACUCACACUCUGCCCUUUUUGAGAAGAUCACUGAUGGUUUUGAUCUCAUGCAUGCUGGGAAAUGACGUGGUGUGUGCCUGCUGCCCUCUGUUGAAGACAAAGCUCAGAUGUGAUGAGACAUGUGAGACAGGAUUUUAUAAUUUGCGCCAUGACGGGCCUUUCUUUAAAUAUGAGUACCAAUACAGUGAGUAAUAUAUCCAUAAUCUAAUCCCAUUUUCAUCUUUCAGAAUUCGCAUCGUCCUUGAGUUCGAGGAGCACAGAAAAACUCUCAGUCCAUGUUUACCCUGCUCAGUUUAAUAAAUAAUCUUUCAAA